UGUCUUUAUUUUUCUUGACUGGAACUUCUUUGCUCUCUCAAUGUGCUAUGUUGUGUAAUAAAUAAAGACCUCUCUCUCUCUCUCUCUCUCUAAAAUGUGGUAUGUGGCAGAUUUAAAACCGAUCUCUGCCUAAACUUUUUGUUUUUUUCUUUUUGUUUCUGAAGAGAGCACCAAAAUAAAAAAUCUGGAAAUUGUUUUCGUUGGGAAUUAAUUGAGGAGAGAGACACAGAGAAAGAGAUCACAAAAAAAAAAAACUCUAAAUGGUUGAAACGAAUUGCCCAUAGUCCAGGAAACUCCGAUUGAAACAAAAAAAUUCUGGGUGGUGAUUUCUCGGGAAAAUUUUGCUUUUUCUUUAAUUGGCAUCUCUAUCUAUCUCAUGUGCUAGCUAAGUCGCUGUUCCAUUCAGACCGUUCGCUGAGCCCCAGCUAGAAUUCGCCGGAGUUAGAGGUUAUUGCAACGGUUCGCUGUCGGAAAGUUCGUGUUCCGGUUCCGGGUCUUUAAUUUCGGGAGAAGAACCAAUGAAAGAUUCGUCCUUUGGGGUAAACUCGAGACAGGAUUUGUCACCAUCGUCAUCAGUAUCAUCUGCUGCGGCAAGCGUACCUGACGUUAUGGUGGAUAUCUCCGCCGGAGAAGAAAUCAACGGCUCUGAUGAGUUUGAUCCAAGAUCGACGAGUCAGGGCGGCGAGAAGAGAGUAAUCAGUAGAACAGAGAGUAGAAGUCUGUUCGAGUUUAAGAGUGUGCCUUUAUACGGGGUGACUUCGAUUUGUGGAAGACGACCAGAGAUGGAAGAUUCCGUCUCGACGAUUCCUAGAUUCCUUCAAGUCUCGUCAAAUUCAUUGCUCGAUGGUCGAGUCGCCAACGGAUUCAAUCCUCACUCGAGUGCUCAUUUCUUCGGUGUUUACGAUGGCCAUGGCGGUUCUCAGGUGGCGAAUUAUUGCCGCGAGAGGAUGCAUUUGGCUUUGAAGGAGGAGAUAGUGAAGGAGAAGCCGGAGUUUUGCGACGGUGACACGUGGCAAGAGAAGUGGAAGAGAGCCUUGUUCAACUCCUUUAUGAGAGUUGACACAGAGAUUGACUUUGUUCCGGAAACGGUGGGGUCCACUUCGGUGGUCGCCAUUGUGUUUCCGACACAUAUUUUCGUCGCCAAUUGCGGCGAUUCAAGAGCGGUUCUGUGCCGCGGCAAAACGCCGCUCGCGUUAACCGUCGAUCACAAACCGGAUAGAGAAGAUGAAGCGGCGAGGAUAGAAGCAGCCGGAGGGAAAGUAAUCCGGUGGAACGGUGCUCGUGUUUUCGGUGUGCUCGCCAUGUCAAGAUCAAUAGGCGAUAGAUACCUAAAACCGUCCGUGAUCCCUGAUCCUGAAGUGACUUCGGUCAGAAGAGUCAAAGAAGACGACUGUCUCAUCUUAGCUAGCGAUGGUCUUUGGGAUGUGAUGACAAACGAGGAAGUGUGCGAUAUGGCUCGGAAGCGGAUUCUGUUAUGGCACAAGAAGAACGCGAUGGCCGGAGAGGCUUUGCUUCCGGCGGAGAAAAGAGGAGAAGGAAGAGAUCCGGCGGCAAUGUCGGCGGCAGAGUAUUUGUCGAAGAUGGCUUUGCAGAAGGGAAGCAAAGACAAUAUUAGUGUGGUAGUGGUUGAUUUGAAGGGAAUAAGGAAGUUCAAGAGCAAAUCCAUGAAUUGAUGAUGAACAAGGUUUGGAAGAAAAAGAAAGAAAAAGUUUUGAUGGUGGGAUAAAGAAAUCUCUUCAAAAUAAAAUUGAAAGAAACAGCUUUGUACGCAUUUAAAAGCGCCGACGAAGUUGAAAAGGACUAAAAGUUGAAGAAGAAGAAGAAGCAGAAAAGACACGAUUCUCAUCUGACUAAUCAAGUUUCAGAUUCGUUUAGUUACCUGAUUCGUCCCGAAAAUUUUACUUCUCUUUGGUCGGUUUGAGUACUGCUUGACAAAUUCGGAGGGUUUCAUUGUCAAUGCAGGAAAAAAUUGAAGAUCUGAUCAGAAGCAAGAGCUAGAGGGAUGGACGAAAAUACUAAAUUUGUAUCUGGAAAUGUGAGAACCGAGCUGGUAAAAUUCAUUGCUGAUAGGCAUGCCAAUCUCAUGAAACCAGCUGGUCGAUAUUAUUCUACACUAAAAGAUGCUAUAUGUGGGAAAAGAAGGUAUACGCUUGUAAAAGAUGCAGCCGACAUGGAAACAGGAGUAUAUGACAAACCUCUUCCAUGCUUUGGUUGUGGAAUCGGAUGGUUCUCCUUUCUUCUGGGAUUUGUGUUCCCACUUUUGUGGUACUAUGCUACAUUUCUUUACUUUGGGAACUAUUACCGCAAGGACCCUAGAGAAAGAGCCGGUCUUGCUGCUUCCGCAAUCACUGCGAUGGGAUUCUCACUCGUGUUACUCGUGAUUUUUGCCUUCCGAUGGUUUUAAUAUCUUUGAGAUAUACAAGUAAUUAUGUAAGUACACACACAUUCCUGUCAGUUCCGUGCUCGUGAAGGAAUAGUAGCAGAACCUGAUGUCUCAUGUACAUUUCACAUAAACCUAUGAUUCUACUUCAAUCUUUUUUUCUCAAGUUGUAUCAACUUCUGUUCACAGCUUAUAGAGUUUGUAUACAAAGAACAGAGUACAUUUAACACUAAUCAAUGGUGGUAGCUAAAUUUGCUUCUCGCUGUGAUUAUUCUCCUCUAAAUAAGUCGGAAAGAUUGGAUUAUUAGUUUA